UACUCUAGCUAAAACUAUAGAAAAUAACCACAAAAAAAUUGAAUAAACUAAAAGUGGAAGCAUAACUCAUAACUAUGGGGGAAGAUAAGAAAAUUAGUGGUGUUAGAGGAUGCAUCAAAACGAGCAGAGGGCCUUGGUUGGUUCACAGAACCGCGAAAGAUGGCAGUGUUGUGACUAGGUUCCGUUAUCCAUCUGAUAGGGAGCGACAGAAAAAUAAGCAAAGGGAGAAAAAUCGUCGAAGAGUAGCUCACAAAAUCUUUGCUGGACUACGAGCUCAUGGAAACUACAAACUUCCUAAGCAUGCAGACACCAAUGAUCUUCUCAUGGCUCUAUGUAAGGAAGCUGGAUGGCAUGUUGAAGAAGAUGGCACCAUUAAGGGGAAGGAUCCGGUGAAGGACUUGCCAAGAUUGAUUGAUGUAGACUCCGCUCAAGUUUCUAUGGAAGAUCAAACUAAAGAGGGAGACUAUUGUAAAUGUGAAGAUCAAAUCAAAAAUGGAGAGUAUUAUUGUAAGUGUGAGGUUGACAUGAACAAUGUGGAAACCGAGAAAGGUAGGCCAGAAGGGUCGCUAACGUCAUCUGCUUUUGAUGUCAAUUUGACUCUAUCACUCUCUUCUUAACUAUUUUUAUCAUAAAAAAAAUAGUUAUUUAGGACAAAGAAAAUAUAGUAUGACUUCAAUUUGAAUAUACGGUUUAUCUAUGUAAUAUAUACUUGAGAUUAAAGAAGUAAUAUGUCAAAUAUAAUAUGCGUAUCUAUAUAACUAUUAUUAUAAGCUAAAUUUAUCAUCAUUAUGUUGUAUUUGAUAUUUUUCCUAAUUUUAAGAUGAAACAUUGUUUCACUGUCA